UUUCAGUCAACUUGGAAAUUGAAAUCCCCGAUGGGUCAAAGGUCGAAACAAUCCAUUUAUUUGUUUGACAUGUUGAAUUUAUUCGUCUCUCGCUAGUUCUGUGUUUUGUUAUUUCUGCUGCAUAAUGCUUCCAUGCAUUAGAAAUUUGCUGCUUUAUCGGUCGUAUUGGACUACUACCAGGGCAGGGACUUAUAAAAGUAUUUAUCAUUUGGAAAAUUUGUAUCCGAAUAGUCCAUAUAACUAUGGUGGGCUACCUCAGGACUUUUCAAUUGACUCGCCACCAGAUAAAUUUACAGGAAAUAUUCCAAUAGAUAAACUUUCUGUAAAAUAUUCAAGAUCUUCUGGUCCUGGAGGUCAAAAUGUAAAUAAAGUUAACAGUAAAGCGGAAGUUCGAUUUCAUGUAUCAUCCGCAGAUUGGAUACCUGACGAUUUGAAGCCUAAAAUUUUGGAAAAGUACAAGAAAAGAAUCACUAGCACAGGAGAGUUGAUUGUUUUCUCUGAUGAAAGUCGAUAUCAGUCAGUGAAUGUUAAAAAUUGUCUCGACCAAAUAAAAGAAGUUCUUUUCGAAUUGCAAAAACCACCAGAUCCGAAAAAAAUUUUGGAACAUGAGAAAUUGCAUGAUAUGAAUAAAAUACAUGAAGCACAUAGAAAACGACUUCAGCGAAAAAGAAUGAAAGGUUAUACAAAAUCAAUGCGAAGAGACUUUGAUUAAUUAAAUUUCAUUUUUAUAAUAUU